AUGGAGCCUUCGCUGUCUUACACCCCAGACACUGACUUGCGAGGUGCCAUGUCACGGCCAUGGUGGAGGACGUCUGCCAAGCCGGAGGUUUUGCUCGGACAGCUUGCCGUGCACUCCGCUUCCCAGGUUCAUCGCAGUAUGCUUCCAUGCAGCAGAACUUCCUACACAAUCUGCCGGAGAAGGAAGUCUUCAGCUUGCCUGCGGCUUAUGAUGGCAGGCCUAUCCAGCAUCUACCUGGGCUUGCAUGUGCUCCGGCGGCGGACUUUGGAAAGCAAUUUGCAGCCUGCAGUUUGGACCAUGUUGAUGGUGAUGCUCUUAUGGUGUAUGGUGCAGACGGUGGGAACCCAUCCUGGUGCAGUACCGGCAAGCCUGAAACUUGAUGAGGAUGGGACGAUUCCCUUUUAUGAAUGGCUGACAUGCCCUGUGAGGGUGUGCAAACAUUGCAAAGCGGUAAUGCCAGACAGGUGCCAUCAUUGCAAGAAGUGCCAAUCAUGCAUUCUCAAGAUGGACCACCACUGCCCUUGGCUCAACUGCUGCAUCGGGUUCAACAACUACAAGUUAUUCCUCCUUCUCAGCAUCUAUGCAGACAUUCUGUGCCAAUACAUGUUCUGGUCAAUGGCCACAAAAACGCUUGGCUGCAUGGGAAGCUGCGAGCCUCUGUGGCGCAAAGUCAUUAUCUUCGUCUGGCAGGUUCUCCUAAUGCUUCUGAGCAUCAGGCUUUCACUUGAUGUUGGUGAAACAUGGCAUGACGACAAUCGAAUUCCGCGCAAACAAGCACCACAGAUCCGAAUAAUUACUGCUGCGAAAUUGUGCCGAAUUCCAAGAUCGUAG